UUUUCACUUUUUUAUCUAAGUUCCUCGAGCAGCUAGAUCCCGUAUUUACAACCAGAUAGAGCAAACAGUCAGACCAACAGAUGAGACAGUUAUAGCUGACAGAUCCGCGGCUGUGCGUGUGUUUGUGCAUUAUUCAAAGCGCGCUGCGCAUACCAGCUAAUUAGGAUUUCUGUAUAAAUAAGGCCGCAUAUGGGACAGCUCGGCCUAUCCAGCCGCUGAUGAUCAGAGACCUGAACGUAUAGAGGUGAUACCCCCAUCUAAAAGAAGUGGAAAAAACUGCUAGCUUCUCCAACAAGCAUGCACUCCGACUGAGUCGUCACACGGAUGGGUCUCCACUCCGGCAAACACGGAGAGAUCCCGCAGAUUUCCACGGUUUGGCUCAUGAACGCAUAGGAGACCUAAAGAGGACGCUAAUGAUACUGGAGACUUUUUCAACUGCAUGGACUCGACCUAUCCAGACUGCAGCUGUCUUUAUGGAAACGUGAAGGUGUAUUUUGUUGGUUUUUCCCCCGGUGAUAUCCAGACUCCUGCAGCACCAGCGGAGAAACCAAUCCCCUCACCGGGUUGUUUUGGUUUCCGAGAGGGGGGGAAGGUGAAGCGUUUUUGGGGAAAGGAUUAUUGUGCCACGUGAACGAGCGACAAAAACACAGCGAAGCGACGGAUUUCAUAACACUCGCGCACACGCAGCCUGCAUCUCUGAAGGAAGCUGCAGUGUGUGUGCAAAUGAUGUGUUUACACGCAUCCUCCUCUCACGGUGGAGCAGCGAGGCUUUAAGUCUUGCAACAUCCCCAGCCUCACGCUGCGUUGUCUACAUUUUUAAAGGAAAUGCAGCAGAAUAGAUAAAUUAAUAAAUAAAACAGUCCAUGAAUUGUUUUGUUGUGGCUGACGCGCGUCCUCGACGUCAGAAACGCAAGGGCUUGAUUUUCUCCUGUGGUGUCUGUGUGGAGCGUACCACACACCCACUUCACAACAACGACGGCUUUUGCUUGCAUCUUCCAGUGUUUUUUCUGUCAGCAAGUCCAGCAGAGCUGCAACUCUUCCAGUGCCAGCCCUGACACCAGUGAGGAGCCCUGCCCCACUGACAUGGUGAAGAUGACCAAGUCUAAGACCUUCCAGGCUUACCUGCCAUCCUGCCACCGCACAUACAGUUGCAUCCACUGCCGGGCACAUCUGGCCAACCACGACGAGCUCAUCUCAAAGUCAUUUCAAGGCAGUCAAGGAAGAGCCUAUCUCUUUAAUUCAGUGGUGAAUGUCGGCUGCGGGCCAGCUGAGGAGCGGGUACUCCUCACGGGUUUACACGCUGUGGCUGAUAUCUACUGUGAAAACUGUAAAACCACCCUGGGCUGGAAAUAUGAACAUGCAUUUGAGAGCAGUCAAAAGUACAAAGAGGGAAAGUUCAUCAUCGAGCUGGCUCACAUGAUCAAGGACAAUGGAUGGGAGUGACGCUGCAGCCCCGCUUCUUCUUUUUAUUUCCUGACCUUGGAAUGCUCUUUAUUAAACUGUGUGGAGCGACAACCAUCGACCACCCUGACCCUCCUUUCCCAUUAUCACUACCAUGCCCUGUCCCUUUAAAAAGAAAAGACCUCCACGAACCUCCACCUCAUGGCCCCCUUCAGGUGCACACACCCACCUGCUCAUUGUGAAAGCGGACCGAGCGAAUGAACUGCGGUAAGCAGUUGGAGCAAAUCACGUCACAGGAGUCGCAUUGUUACUUUGAAGAUUGUGUGUUCUCCUUCACAGCUGAGGAGUAUUUGGGUUUGAACCCCUUCUCCCCACCACCCACUCUGCCUCCGCCCCACCGAAACACGCUUACAAGUGAUUGUGGUGAUGUGGCGACCACUUUGUGAACGGAGAAAGACUUCACUGAAAGGACUUUUUUUUUCUUUAUUGUACUCAUUCAACAACUUUGAUGACUUAGAAUAUUUUAAUGUUAUUUGCCAUAGUUUUAACUUCUGGGUUUGGUGAGGCUUUGGUUUGAUGGCAGAUGGAUGUUACUGGUUAGCAUUUUAUUUUCCUGUCAAGUUUAUUAUACUUUUUUUCUGCCUAUAGCUAAGCAUACUUUUCUUUGCUAAUGUCCAAAUGAGCAAUCAGGGAUGUGUGAGAAGCAAAGGGGAAAGGGAGUUACAAAUACCGUUAUGUAGCAGCAUAUUGCUUUUAUCAUCUUCUUCUUUUUAAAUGUAAAGGGUGGGACUGAUGUAAUGUGGGAUUUUGUACCUGAUGUCCCCUUCUGUUCUUAUCUAUUUUCUCAUGUGAAUUUUCUUUAUUUCUCCCUUCCUGGUACUUUUCAGCACCCAAAAAGCAUUAAAAGGAGCACCUAAUAUUUUCUUGACAUAAAUAGGUAUAUGAAUAUAUAGAUAUAUGUAGUGUAUGACUGAUUGCGAUUGUGGCUGGUCCCAUUUUGCAGCAGCACCAUAAACAAGUGAGACAUGAAAAGGAGCAAAAAAAGUUAUAAGAACGAAGAAGCUGAGAUAAGUGUCCACAUGUCAUACUGUAGUAUGACAAACUGUAUUAUCCCAUUGUCUGGUAAUGAAACAAUGCUACAUAUAAAUACACAUAUUAUGAUAACAUAUCCAUUUAUACUAUGAUAUUGUUCGUAGAUAUUGGAGCAUUGUGUGUCUAUAUAUACAAAUGUAUGUAUAUAUAUAUAUAUAUAUAUAUACAUAUAUAUAUAUAUAUAUAUAUAUAUAAAUAAUAUAUAAUAUAAAAUAUUUGGUGUCAUGCACAUAUUGUAUAUAUGCAUAUUAUUGUGUGUAUAUGCAGUGUGUGUGAUCACACAUUACACAGUGGCAUACUUGAAAGACGCUACUUCAUUUGCACUUUGCAGAGGCUUUUGGUUCAUCUUGGUUUAGAGGCAAAAAGUGUUUUUUUUUUUUGUUUUUUUGCUCUUGUCUGUUUUAGUGGCCUUCUCGCAGAUACAUUGUUGAAAGAAAGUUACGGUUGGGGGUUUCCUCAUAGAGCAUCUGGAAAUUUAGUUUAGUUUUAUUUAUAUUUUAACAAUAAAUUCUGUUUCUUCUCUGUUUUGUACUCCUUUUGGAACAGAAGGUAUAGUUUUUUUCUUUGCUGCUACUUUAGAAAUCCCAGCAUUUCUUUCUACUCUUCUUGGUCUUUUGCACUUUGUCUCUUUCUCUCAGAGCAUACGAACUGUCUGUGUUUUGCCUCUAAGCCAUAUGAAUCUUGUGCCUCUUCAAAACAUGAACAGCCUCCCCUCUUUAUGUCUUUUUUUUUCCUGUUGUGCAGUGCAUAACUCAGAAAAUCUUUAUGUGAACCAAUGUGUCUUCCCUCCUUCUGGUUCAAAGUGGCCCUCAAAGUAACCAUCAAAAUCCUCAGAGCUCUGCCCAGUUUGUCAGAUUUUUUUUCUCCUUGGCUAACAAAGACGUAAUAUACAUAUACACGCAUAUAUUUUCUACAAGAUUUAGAGGUGCAACAAAAAGUUGGGUAUUCAGUAUAUUAUUUCUCAGACUGAAGCAUAGAGGAAAACGUUUGGAAUAUGUGGGAUGCCCAGGCCUUGUUUGACCCAUUAAGAACUGGCCAUGUGUUGCAUCGGGCCUUUGUGAUGGCACCAGGUGAAAGUGGGAUAGGAGAGAUUUAAAAAUCAGCAGUGAUUGAUUACUUUGCCGGCAAGGUCAGUCAGAUCACAGGACCUCUUAUCCUAAAAAAAUAAACAAACAAAAAAAAAAAAAACAAUGACAAUGCAAACCCUUAAUAGUUAGCAAUGAUACCUACUUGAAAAUAUUAAUACA